GCCACGCCUGGUCUCGGGGCUGCUCCCCGGACCGGUUACGCCUGGCGGAGCCGGAGGUCCGCGCGCUGCGGCCGCGGUCCUCUCAUUGCUGCUCCUCCCGGGCGUAACGGGCAUAGGGGUGCCUUAUCUCUUGUCAGUGCCAUGAUCCGGCAGGAGCUCUCCACAUCCUACCAGGAGCUGAGUGAGGAGUUGGAUCAGGUGGUUGAGAACUCAGAGCAGGCGGACGAGCGCGAAAAGGAGAUAGUCAAAGUCCAGGGUUCAGGAGUCUUACCAGCCCUGGACAGUGAGUCUGCCUCCAGCAACAUCCGCUUUAGCAAGGCCUGUCUGAAGAACGUCUUCUCGGUCCUGCUCAUCGUCAUCUACCUGCUGCUCAUGGCUGUGGCCGUCUUCCUGGUCUACCAGACCAUCACAGAUUUUCGUGAGAAGCUCAAGCACCCUGUCAUGUCGGUGUCUUACAAGGAGGUGGAUCGCUACGACGCCCCAGGUAUCGCCCUGUACCCCGGCCAGGCCCAGUUGCUCAGCUGCAAGCACCAUUACAAAGUCAUUCCCCCGCUGCGGAGCCCCGGCCAGCCUGGAGACAUGGACUGCACCACCCAGAGCAUCAACUACACGGACCCCUUCUCCAACCAGACCCUGAAAUCCGCCCUGAUCGUGCGCGGGCCCCGGGACGUGAAGAAGCGGGAGCUGGUCUUCCUCCAGUUCCGCCUGAACCAGAGCAGCGAGGACUUCAGUGCCAUCGAUUACCUCCUCUUCUCCUCCUUCCAGGAGUUCCUGCACAGCCCAGACAGAGUGGGCUUCAUGCAGGCCUGCGAGCGCGCCUAUUCCAGCUGGAAGUUCUCGGGGGGCUUCCGCACCUGGGUCAAGAUGUCCCUGGUGGAGACCGAGGAGGAGGACGGGAGGGAAGCGGUGGAGUUCCGGCAGGAGACGAGUGUGGUUAACUACAUUGACCAGAGGCCAGCUACCGAAAAAAGUGCUCAGCUGUUCUUUGUGGUCUUUGAAUGGAAAGAUCCUUUCAUCCAGAAAGUUCAAGAUAUAAUCACAGCCAAUCCUUGGAACACAAUCGCUCUUCUCUGUGGGGCUUUCUUGGCAUUAUUUAAAGCAGCAGAGUUUGCCAAACUUAGUGUGAAAUGGAUGAUCAAAAUUAGGAAGAGGUACCUUAAAAAAAGAGGCCAGGCAACGAACCACAUAAGCUGAAGUCGCCUCGCGCUGUUGGCAGAACUGGUUCUCACCACUUCUGCUCUGAUGAGCCGAGCACCGGAGCUCCUGCACUCACCGGAAGGAACGGGCUCUGCUGGGAGGGACAGCCUCACGGGACAGACCCAGUGGAGAACCUCAAGUUAUUUAAGUACUUAAAUUAUUGAACAUUUUUUGACUAGGACACGAAUAGGGUUUGUGGAAGAUGGAAUUAUAUGUAUAUAUCUGGUGUUCUGACGGUUUGCAGAAGCUGCCUUUCUUCUUCUUUGGUUUGGUGUAUAGUUCAGCCCUGACAGGAUAUUAAGGCUCUGCUGUUUACCUCAGGUUUUUUUCCAAGGCUCUCAAAGUGGACGGAAGACGGAGUGACUAUCUAGAUGUGGAGGUCAUGCUUUGAAAACUGCACUGUGCACAAAGGCAAAAACUCUUACGUCUGGCAACAUCUGCCAUUUACAUGGUCCAGCUUGACAAGCUUUCUCAUGUUAAAUGUUAAGUGAAAUUUUAAAGCUACUAGAAACAAGCAAUUAGAUUUCCUGUGGACUGACUGGUCACCUACCUGUCUCGUUAGAAUAUUCAUUGAUGCAGGUAAUGUUUAGAGUGAUUAACACCCAAAAGCACUAGUAUGUAUAUACAUAGCAGGUAUUCAAUGUAUUUUGAUGAUUUCAUUAACAGGUAAAUAAAAGUUAGGCUAAUACAAAAGGAA